AUGGCUCCUACUACCGCUGCUGCUCCCAAGAAGGCUCCUGCCCCUAAAAAGGCCGCUGCUCACCCUACCUUCCUUGCUAUGGUUCAAGAAGCCAUCAAAGCCCAUCCCGAUGACUCUCGAAAAGGUGUUUCUCGACCUGCUAUCAAGAAGUAUCUCGCCGAUACCUACAAAAUCGACAUGAGCUCUGCUUCUAACACCAACAACCUCUCCUCCGCCAUCAAACGAGGAGCAGAGAAGAAGGAGCUUGUCCUCCCCAACGGUGUUUCAGGCCGAGUCAAGCUCGCCCCCAAAGUCAAGGCUGUCGGCAAGGAGAACGUCGCCCCCAAGAAAACUGCUGCUCCCAAAAAGGCCCCUGCCAAGAAGCCCGCCGCUGCUAAAAAGACCACCACCGCUGCUAAACCUGCUGCCGCCAAGAAGACCACCACCACCGCUGCUGCCAAGAAGCCCGCUGCCAAAAAGACUUCUACCGCAAAGAAGGCUCCUGCUGCUAAAGCCGCUGCCGGUGCCAAACCAGCUGCUGCCAAGAAAGCUGCUGCCCCUAAGAAGAAGGUUGCUGCCGCCAAGAAGGCUUAA